UCUCCCAUUUUCUUUCUUUCCUUCUGGUUCCUUCAUUUGUUGUUCAUGUUCUUAAGCUUUGGUGGGUUAGUAAUGAGUACACCUCCAAAUAUGGCAACAAUCACAGCCGCCUUAGAACGCUCUCUUCAAAACUGUUCCUUAAGCCGCCACCGCCGCCGCCAUCAUGAUCAUCAUCACCAACAACAACAAGCCCCAAAUUCCUCUUCUUCUGAUCUUCUUCAACCUCCCACCACUUUGGACCUCAACUCCCAUAUCUCUCUCCCUUGCCACUGGGAGCAGUGUCUCGACUUAAAGGUUAUCUUUUUUGGGUUCAAAUGUGAGGUUUUUUGUUUGUUUUUUUUUUGGCAGACGGGGGAGAUUUACUACAUAAACUGGAGGAAUGGAAUGAAGGCGAAGGAAGAUCCAAGGUCUAUCACAGAAGAUCAUUAUAGUGAAGAUUACUAUUACUCGGAUGACGAUGACGAUGAUGAUAGUGACGAGUCGUCGACAGAGUCAUCGAAUAACAACAAUGAGAACAACAAGAACUAUGCAGCCAUGGAAGAACAGGAAGAAGAAGAGGAGGAGGAGGAGGAUGUGUUGGUGGUGGCAGGUUGCAAGAGCUGCCUAAUGUAUUUUAUGGUGCCAAAGCUUGUUGAAGAUUGUCCAAAAUGCAGUAAUGGUCAGCUUCUUCAUUUUGAUCGCUCUGAAAAUGAGAUUCCAUGAAUGACACAACUUUCCACUUGCUUUUCUUUCUGGGUUUUCCUUUCUUUGGCUUUGAUUCAUGGGGGAAUGAGAGGAAAAAGAAGAGAGAGAAAAACCCUUUUCAUUUUUGCCUUUCAAAUUGUUUCCAUGUGUAUUUGUAUUUGUCAGAAAAGGAGGCCAAUGGGUUUUGGUUUUGGUUUUAGUUUUGGCUUUUGUUUUAU